GCUAAGCGGCCAGGCAUGUUAGGUUGUGUUUGUGUUCUGUGUGCCAUGGACUCAGCCCAGUGAUAUUGACAAUAGAGAGGAAAUUGACAAGAGGGGGGCCCCGUCCUGACCGCCGCCAGCAGCGCUCCUCUCCCUCUGCCCCCCAGGGACAGCCACAGGCCCAGGGAAUGUGACUCCCUUUUCUUGUCGGGGAUUCUCGCGGUGAUUGUGAACGGAAGGAGGAUUAUCCGGGGCUCGCAGGAACAAGCUGCUGCCGGGGGAAGCGCUGAGGCCUAGACUGCGAGCGAAGCAAGCCACAGGGAAGGACGGGAGGGAGGGAGAAGCCUCUGCCAGCGGCGCCGGUUACCAGGACACCCCCUGCAAAAUCUCUAAUCCCUAUUAAGAGCUCCAAGUAGGGAUAUGUCCUCAGCACCAACCACUCCUCCAUCAGUGGAUAAAGUAGACGGAUUUUCUCGGAAGUCCGUCAGAAAAGCCCGGCAGAAGAGGUCACAGAGCUCUUCACAGUUUAGGUCUCAGGGCAAGCCUAUAGAGUUAACGCCUCUGCCUCUGCUUAAAGACGUCACGACCACAGAGCAGCCGGAACUGUUCCUCAAGAAACUUCAGCAGUGCUGUGUCAUAUUUGAUUUCAUGGAUACACUGUCUGAUCUUAAAAUGAAGGAAUACAAGCGGUCUACUCUGAACGAGCUGGUUGACUACAUCACGAUAAGCAGAGGCUGCCUCACAGAACAGACGUAUCCUGAAGCCGUAAGAAUGGUAUCUUGCAAUAUAUUUAGGACCCUCCCUCCGAGCGACAGCAACGAGUUUGAUCCUGAAGAAGACGAACCCACCCUCGAGGCGUCGUGGCCGCACUUACAGCUUGUAUAUGAAUUUUUCAUACGAUUUUUGGAAAGCCAAGAAUUUCAGCCCAGUAUUGCCAAAAAGUACAUAGAUCAAAAAUUUGUAUUACAGCUCUUAGAGCUUUUUGACAGUGAAGACCCUCGUGAAAGGGACUACUUAAAAACAGUCUUACACAGAAUUUAUGGCAAAUUUCUUGGGCUUAGAGCGUUUAUUCGAAAACAGAUUAACAAUAUUUUUCUACGAUUUGUUUAUGAAACAGAACACUUUAAUGGUGUAGCAGAACUGCUGGAAAUAUUAGGAAGUAUUAUCAAUGGCUUUGCAUUACCUCUGAAAUCGGAACAUAAACAGUUCCUUGUGAAAGUGCUGAUCCCCCUGCACACGGUCAGGAGCUUAUCCCUCUUCCACGCACAGCUGGCAUAUUGUAUAGUACAGUUCCUGGAAAAAGACCCUUCUCUCACAGAACCAGUCAUUAGAGGAUUGAUGAAGUUCUGGCCAAAAACCUGUAGUCAAAAAGAGGUCAUGUUUCUUGGCGAGUUGGAGGAGAUCUUGGACGUCAUUGAACCAUCACAGUUUGUCAAAAUCCAAGAGCCUUUGUUUAAACAGAUUUCCAAGUGCGUUUCCAGCCCUCAUUUCCAGGUGGCGGAACGAGCGUUAUACUAUUGGAACAAUGAAUAUAUCAUGAGUUUAAUAGAAGAGAACUCAAAUGUCAUCCUUCCCAUCAUGUUUGCAAGCCUGUACAGGAUUUCUAAAGAACACUGGAAUCCGGCGAUCGUCGCUCUCGUCUACAACGUGUUAAAAGCCUUCAUGGAGAUGAACAGCACCUUGUUUGAUGAACUGACAGCCACUUACAAGUCAGAUCGCCAGCGUGAGAAGAAGAAAGAAAAGGAACGCGAAGAACUAUGGAAAAAAUUAGAGGACCUUGAACUCAAGAGAGGUCUUAGGAGCGACGGCAUUAUCCCGACUUAACAAAAGGCAAUGAUUUCAUCCUUAUCCUGUGGAGUCACAUGUAUGUAGUAGAAGAUGGAGCAGCAGUUUUCUGUAUCGUGCAACUUUACAGUAGAUAACAUUUGUUUCCUUAUUACAACAGCACUGUAUAUAACUGUCUAAGAGAAAAAAAGGCAAAAAAAAAAAGCAAAACAAAAAAAAUUCUAUGGACUUUAAUCCAAAGUUUGGACACUAGAUGAACUUCUCAGAACUUUGCAAACAUAAUCAUUGUUUCUUUACAUCUUCUCGGAUCUUGAUGAAAAUUUGACAGUGUCAACCCCCUCCCCACCCCCCCUCCUCCUCCUCCCGUUUUGUCAGGCACUUGAUAUUUAUCGUUGGGCAGAGUAUCGCAGUGUUUCGGAUCCAGGCGCCCCCCUUAUUCAAUUUAGCUUCUCUUUCUGCUAAACUGUAUAAAUCUAUUUAUAUAGUUAAAAAUGUAAAAAAAAAAAAAAUUAAAAAAGAGGAAAAUUCUGAGUUUGCAGAACACCCUCCUCCUCCUCCUCUGGAUACCA